AUGGAGACUCAGUCGCUUUUGCCAAAUGAAAGGCCUAAUGGUUAUUCAUAUACAGGUGAUGAGUUGCCAUCCGAUGGACAAGAAAAUGGCAUCGAACCCACUGUCAUGGUUCAGAGAAAGAAGCAAUGGUAUCUUAAUUGGAAGGUUCUUCUUUCUCUGUUUAUUUUGGUUAAUCUAGUUAUUGUCAGCCUUGUUGUUGUCUCAUGGAUACCUGAUACUGACGAGAUGCAAGACAAGUUUGGGAGGAUAACCAACGGUAAGUUAGAAAGCUUUCAUAUUGAUGGUUGGCUAGAUGAGGAUAACGGUGGGUUGAAUACUGAGUAUGGAAAAGAAUUACAAAUAUCUACAUCAAUGAAAGUAUGGUUUGACUAUGAUCUUUUAGAGGAUGUUGAAGAGCGUAAAAAGUUUAAACGUCUUAGCGAAGGUAUAAUUAAAAGUUUUUGUUUCAAUGUUCAAAACAUAAGCACAUAUGAUUCGAGCACCUUUUUGGGCAGCUUGAGAAUAGUUGAACCAAUUUGUUUGGAUUUAAAGGAUGGGUAUGUCAAUACCAUAAAUGUUACUGUACUGGUGAAACCAAAAAUGAUCAAGAUCGUGGGUGUUCUGAAGAAGCUAUGGAGGCAUGAAUAUGAUAACUUGAAUAUUCGCUCACAUUUGGAUAUUAAUGUUCACAAAUAUUUGAUUCCGGGAAUGCAUUUUAAGGAUAUAAGAGUUAAAUGGGAUGAUUUUAUAGAUUGGGAUAAAAUUGCUAUUAGUGUUAAAGAAUUACACGAUUUACUACAGAGGAGCAAUCUCGGAUUAAAGACGAUAAAUGUGAAAGAGCAAACAAACGGGUUCCAUGUACGACUAGUGCCAAAGGUGACCGAUCUUGUCAAUGAUAUCAGUCGAUUUCUUAGGCAUCGCCUAUUCUUUAACCAGGCAUUUGUAAUCCCGGCCCUUAAAUUAGAUGUUAAAGUUCCCGAUUGUUUGGAGCUUUUUAGUAUUGGGUUGUCUAAUGCUUAUAUAAGGACUGAAGAGUUUAGGUUUGAUCCACGAGUUGAUCUUGAAGAUUCACAAGAGCCUAUUGAAUUACAAUGUGAGCUAGAAGCCCCGUUACCUGAACAAUUCAUCACUCAGGAGUGUUGGAGUUUUAAUGGGCAUCGAAUUACUCCCUUGACCAAGAUGUUAAACAAGCUAUUGAACUCCAAGGAUAAAGUUGGAGUUGGUAUUUCUGCUGAUGUUUUAGAUCAGAAGCAUGAUAAAAAUCAAAUGAUGUCUCAAUUAUUAGUAGCAGUUGGAUAUGUGCCUGUAUAUGGCCAUAUUUCGGUGAAUAGUUCUACACUAUUACAGGAAUGCGUGCUAGAAGAUAUCAGUUUGAAAUGGCAGGAUGGUCGUUUGAAAUUUGUCGGUAGUAUUCAUGAGCAAGUCAACUUAUCAUUUUACGAACCGAUGCUAUACAAGAAUGACGAUAGUGAUGAUAGAAAUAGCACCGAUGCCAUAACUGUGACUGGUAUAAAGGGCAAGAUCAAACUAUAUCACGAAGGGGUGCAUUUCUUAAACGUUCCCAUGGAGGAAUGGAUCCCGGUCAACUCAGUAAUCGAAAGGGACGAUUGUGGGACACCUCAGCUUGUGGUUGAUGUAGAUGUUGGCAGCGACAAUGUCGAGGUAUUAAACAAGUGGGAGUUGAGUAAAGUAUUUAACGAGAUGGUGUUUCAAGGUGAAACCCAGGUAGAGUAUCGAAACGCGCUGGACGUGCAAGUAACUACACUACUGGGUGGAUUCGAUGUCUUAGGGCUGGAAUGGACAGGAGAGACCACAGUGACAUAG